GUAGAGCAGCUCCUUGCCUGGUAAACCACAGACCAGCUCCCAGCCGCACUCCAACACGGCUUCUCCUUCCCUCUCACUGCCGCUCGGGUAAUGAUUAAGAAGAUGUCGCCUUGCGAGACCGAGGUGAACGUCCCCACCAAGAACUGUUACCGGAUGGUCAUCCUCGGCUCCUCCAAAGUGGGCAAAAGCGCUAUCGUGUCUCGCUUCCUCAACAGCAAAUUCGAUGACCAGUACACGCCGACCAUCGAGGACUUCCACCGCAAGUUUUACAGCAUCCGAGGCGACAUCUAUCAACUGGAUAUCCUGGACACGUCGGGAAACCACCCCUUCCCGGCCAUGAGGCGCCUCUCCAUCCUGACAGGGGAUGUGUUCAUCCUGGUUUUCAGCUUGGACAACCGCGACUCCUUCGAGGAGGUACAGCGACUCAAGCAGCAGAUCAUGGAGACCAAGUCGUGCCUGAAGAACAAGACCAAGGAGAACAUUGACGUCCCCAUCGUCAUUUGCGGCAACAAAAGCGACCGGGACUUUUACAGAGAGGUGCCGAGGGAGAAGAUCGAGCAGCUGAUAGACGGCGACACCAAGUGUGCUUACUUCGAAAUCUCGGCCAAGAGGAACACCAAGGUGGAUGAGAUGUUCCAGACCUUGUUCACCAUGGCCAAGCUGCCGAGCGAAAUGAGCCCGGACCUCCACAGGAAGGUGUCAGUGCAGUACUGUGACAUCCUGCAUCGCAAGACCUUCCGCAGCCGCAAAAUUAAAGACGAGGACGCAUAUGGCAUCGUGGCGCCGUUCGCCCGAAGACCGAGUGUGCACAGCGACCUGAUGUACAUCAAGGAGAAGGCGAUCGGCGGCGCGCACGCCAGGGACAAGGACCGCUGUGUGAUCAGUUAAACGGGUUUCGGGACUUUGAACGAGACGCAGUUUAAUGGAUCCGAAAGACAUGUUUGGGAGGGUCAGGUACUCCUGCCCGUUCUCCACGGUGUAAAGCUGUAAAGGAACAGUGUCGGAGGUUUCCAGAGACAAGGCAUGGUGCUUGGCUUACUGCUGCCGAGGGGCAGUGCUAGCUUGCCUUUCCCAGCGUCAGGUGUGGGCGAAAGGACUAAGAGAACAAUGAACACCAAAUGACACUAAGGGGCAGGGGAAGGGAUUUAAACUACCCUCACCUCCCCCCGAGGAAUAUUCAUUGUGUCGUAUUGACUGUGAAGUAUUUGUACUUGAGGCUUAAUUUAAUUUCAAAAUAUUGUAGUCUUAAUUUGUAUAAACUCUUGCAGUACAAUGAGUAACAGAAUGUUUACAAUCGGCAGCAAUUUGUUGCAUAAAGGCACUAAUGUUGUACUUGCAAAAAUGAACAAAGUCUUAUAAAUUUUUAAAAUAAAUGUUUUCAAAUGU